UCGUUUGAGACAGUUUCAAACGGAUUAAUGAUUCUGCUGAUGUGUUUGGCAAUCCAUUUGGAUUAUCAGAAAAAAUUACGUGAAGAAAUCAAUGAAACUUAUCCUGAUGGAAAUAUUGCAGAUAUUACAAUAACGCAAUUGCAGCAAUUGAAAUAUCUGGAUAUGGUUGUGCAUGAAUCAUUGCGGCUUUUGACAACGGUUCCCAUGAAUAUGCGGAAUGUAAGUUCUGACUUUAAGAUGCAUUUGCCUGCUAAAGACGACAGGGGUGCAAUAACAGCGCUGGUACCAAAGAACACAUUGGUUGUAUUAGAUGUUUUCAAUAUGCAACGUGACGAAGCCCAUUGGGGACCAAAUGCAAAAAAAUUUGAUCCUGAACACUUUGCCGAAUCAAAGUCGGAACGGCAUCCUUACGCUUUUAUACCUUUCUCCAAAGGUACACGUAGUUGUAUUGGUUGGCGUUACAGUUUAUUACUGACGAAGAUUUUUCUUGUGAAAUUAAUUUCUUCUUUCGAAUUCCAAUGUCCAGGAACAAAACUUGAAGAUUUACAUUUUACUGAGGGCAUUUCAUUGAAAUUUCAUGACAGUCAGAAAAUUAACUUUCAAAUAAGAAAAAUACCUUGAAUAUUAUUUUAUUUAAUAAUCUUAGA